GAGCGCGGCCCUGCCCCGCGCCGCUCCGCCGGGAAUUCUGCCGCGCAAGGGUCCCGGAGGCGGUGCUGAGCGAUGGGGUACGAUGUGGCGCGCUUCCAGGGGGAUGUGGACGAGGACCUCAUCUGCCCCAUCUGCAGUGGAGUCCUGGAGGAGCCCGUGCAGGCUCCCCACUGCGAGCACGCCUUCUGCAACGCCUGCAUCACGCAGUGGUUCUCGCAGCAGCAGACGUGCCCCGUGGACCGCAGCGUGGUGACGGUGGCUCACCUGCGGCCCGUGCCGCGCAUCAUGCGGAACAUGCUCUCCAAGCUGCAGAUCACCUGCGACAACGCCGUCUUCGGCUGCACGGCCGUCGUGCGCCUCGACAACCUCAUGGCUCACCUCAACGACUGCGAGCACAACCCCAAGCGCCCCGUCACCUGCGAGCAGGGCUGCGGCUUGGAAAUGCCCAAGGAUGAGCUCCCCAACCACAACUGCAUCAAGCACUUGCGAUCCGUGGUGCAGCAGCAGCAGACCAGGAUCGCUGAGCUGGAGAAGACCUCAGCUGAGCACAAGCACCAACUGGCAGAGCAGAAGAGGGACAUCCAACUGCUCAAGGCCUACAUGCGCGCCAUCCGCAGCGUGAACCCCAACCUGCAGAACCUGGAGGAGACCAUUGAGUACAACGAGAUCCUGGAGUGGGUGAACUCCCUGCAGCCGGCGCGGGUGACGCGCUGGGGGGGGAUGAUCUCCACGCCGGACGCCGUGCUCCAGGCCGUCAUCAAGCGCUCGCUGGUGGAGAGCGGCUGCCCCCCGUCCAUCACCAACGAGCUCAUCGAGAACGCGCACGAGCGCAACUGGCCCCAAGGCUUGGCCACGCUGGAGACGCGGCAAAUGAACCGGCGCUACUACGAGAACUACGUGGCCAAACGCAUCCCCGGCAAGCAGGCCGUGGUGGUGAUGGCCUGCGAGAACCAGCACAUGGGCGAGGACAUGGUCCUCGAGCCGGGGCUCGUCAUGAUCUUCGCUCACGGCGUGGAGGAGAUCUGAAGG